CUGAUGCAGUCGGGAUAAGAGGGAGACUGAAUCGGCGACAUUGCUUUUGGCAAACGCUUGUCGGAAAAGAUACGAGCAGGAUGUCUUAUAGAUCAGCUCCACAUUCUUCCUAUAAGAAGAUGUUUGGCGGGGAAAGAGCCGCGGUCAGGACCAGCUACUCCAGCCGCCAGUUCUCCAGCCCGGUGCGCUCCUCCCGGGUAUCCUUCGGUCUUUCCUCAGCCCCGACCAUCUACGCGGCCAAGACCCAGAGGCUCCGGAGCAGCGCAGCCAUGCCCCGGCUGGCCUCCGAGAACUUGGACUUCUCCCUGUCCGACGCCAUAAACAGCGAGUUCAUCACGAACCGCACCAGCGAGAAAGUGCAGAUGCAGUCGCUCAACGACCGUUUCGCCAGCUACAUCGAGAAGGUCCGCUUCUUGGAGCAGCAGAACAAGAUCCUGCUGGCGGAGCUGGAGCAGCUGCGGGGCAAAGGCACGUCCCGCGUUGGGGAUCUGUACGAGGACGAAAUGCGCGAGCUGAGGCGCCAGGUGGACCAGCUCACCAACGAGAGGGCCCGCGUGGAAGUCCACCGGGAUAACCUGGCAGACGACAUCGACAGGCUGAGAGAGAAGUUGCAGGAUGAGAUAUCCCAACGGGAGGAGGCUGAGGCAAACAUGCAGAGUUUCAGACAGGAUGUGGACAACGCUGCCCUUGCCAGACUGGACCUGGAACGGAAGGUGGAGUCACUCCAGGAGGAAAUCAACUUCCUCAAAAAGCUGCAUGAUGAGGAAAUGCUGGAGAUGCAGAACCAGAUCCAGCAGCAGCAGCAUGUGCAGGUGGACAUGGACAUAGCUAAGCCUGAUCUGACAGCUGCUCUGAGGGACGUCCGUCUACAGUAUGAGAACCUGGCCUCCAAAAACAUCCAGGAGUCUGAGGAAUGGUACAAAUCCAAGUUUGUUGACCUCACCGAAGCUGCAGCCAGGCACACUGAUGCUUUGAGAGUGGCCAAGCAGGAGGCCAAUGACUAUAGACGCCAAGUUCAGGCGCUUACCUGUGAGGUGGACGCCCUCAAAGGAACUAAUGAGUCCAUGGAGCGCCAGAUGAGAGAGAUGGAGGAGAAUUUCUCCCUGGACACGAACGGUUACCAGGACACCAUCGGCCGUCUGGAGGAGGACAUUCACAACAUGAAGGACGAGAUGGCCCGUCACCUGCGGGAGUACCAGGACCUCCUAAAUGUCAAGAUGGCCCUUGACAUUGAGAUCGCCACCUACAGGAAGCUGCUGGAAGGAGAGGAGAGCAGAAUCUCCACUCCACUGCCAAACUUCUCAUCUCUCAACCUGAGAGAAACAAUGAUUGAAUCGAAACCUCAUGUUGAAACCACAACAACUAAGAAGGUUCUCAUCAAGACCAUUGAGACCAGGGAUGGUCAGGUGAUCAACGAGUCAACCCAGAACCACGAUGACAUGGAGUGAUAAUGUUUUUGUCUUUGCCAAACAACCAACAAAAGCAAUACGAAGCAACACGAUUCACUGGGGCUACGAGCAAGCAAACAAGCCAACAACACACAAAAAACAAACAGCUUCGAAAAGUGCCUUUAUAUGUGAUUAUCCAGUAAGCCUGUUAGUUGACACAGACUGUAUUUUGCUUCCUCCUCUGCUGAGAGUCUUAUCCUCUGUCACAUUUUGUUUAGACACAAUAAUGAAAUCAGCACAACAUAGAAAUCCUCACUGAGGUUUACAAAAAUAUUUCUUUGUAACCAAAGUAGUAUUUUUGAUUGAUAUAGCAUGCACACUCCAGGAAAUCUGUAUGCUAACGAUGUCACAAUUGCCUGUAAGAAGCAAUAAACCAUUAAAACUGAAACUCAAUCCUGUGCACGAGGUGUAAUGCUUUGCAACACAUUAAGGUGAUGAAGUAGCACUAGGUAAGAUCAUUCCUCGAAUUUAAAAAAAGGGAAAUAGUUGUAAUUUUAUGUAUUGCCUGAAGUGUAAACGUGUCUUCACUUGCAAGUAAUUAAACUGUGCAAUUGGUCUUUAAUCGCUCUCAAUAAGGUAAAAGUCGUACGUAAUAUUAUUGUAAUGAUUGUUUUGAAAACAGAAGCCAAACCCUGAAUACCAGAUUAAACAUGCAUUUCAUUGGUGUAAAGGCUUGGAUUCAGGCAAAAAGGUAAAACAAUAAAACAUUUUCCUCACUGACAGGAAGAUAAGU